UUACAAGUAUAAAAACAAACAAACGACCACAGUACCUUGCACAUAUCAACCCCUUUCAUGUCCCUAGUCAUCAAGAGAAGAUGAAGUUGGUUUGGUCACCGGAGACGGCUUCAAAAGCAUACAUAGACACUGUUAAAACCUGCAAAAAGUUAAAGGAAUCCGACCAUGUAGAGCUAAUAUCCGCUAUGGCGGGCGGGUGGAAACCAAGAAUGAUUGUCGAAGCAUGGUCGAGUGGGAGCAAUAUCACCACAAGCAUAGGGUUGGGUAUCGCGGCACGCCACCUAGGUGCACGUUACGUUUGCAUAGUGCAAAACAAACGUUCAAAACUAGAGUAUGAGGCAGCUGCAAAGGAUCAUGGCUCGCCCAUCCCCGAAUUGAUGGUGGGAGAAGCCAAUGAUGUUAUGGCAAGACUACCCGAGGAGGUCGAGUUCAUGGUGGUUGAUGGGGGGCGUAAAGACUUGUACGAAUUGUUUGGGCUAGCUAAACUGAGCCACCGUGGCGCGGUCUUCUUGUGCACAAAUGGUAAGCCACGGUUCACGGUGGGGUUCCGGUGGAACUUGGUGAUCAAAGACAAUUAUCGGCUUGUGAGAUCUGCGAUUAUUCCGGUAGGACAAGGAUUGUAUAUUGCAUAUGUAAAGAAGAACCGUGAAUCGGAAAAGUCAUCGUUUAGAAAUAGUAGUCGAUGGAUUACAAGAAUAGAUCAAAAGACAGGUGAAGAACAUGUCUUCCGAGGAUGAUUUAAGGUUUAAGAUAGUGUAAAAUUUUGCAUGAAUAAUGUUAUCUUGUAUAUAGUGAGUUGGGUAACACUUAAGUGAUUAUAUGUUAUUUGACAAGUUCUUUUGUAGUUUUUUUUUUUUUUUUUACUUUGAGAUAUUACAUGUAGAAAAAGUAUAUCAUACAAGAAGCCUUAACGUA